AUGGUACCAUUAUUAUCACUGUUCACACUUCUUCUUCCUUUGGCAGUGGUCUCAUCUUCUCAUCUUCCGCCACCACACAAGAGACAAGCACAUGAUCGGGCAAGAAAAAACUUUGAACAUGUUCAUGCUAAUGAAUUGGAAGAGAGAGAACAUCAUUUUGAUAAUAGAACAAUCGCCGAGAGAGGUGACACUUUCACUGGUGUAGGAACCUAUUAUUUCACUGGUUUAGGUGCAUGUGGUCAAUAUUCAAGUGAUAGCGAUUUCAUGGUAGCACUCAAUUCUGCUCAAUACGGUAGUGGUUACCCCGGUCCACAAUGUUUCAAAGGAAUUACAGUUCAAGCCAAUGGUAAGACCGUUAGUGGUAUCACCAUUCUUGAUGAAUGCCCUACUUGCGCAUAUGGAUCACUCGAUUUAUCUCCUGGUCUUUUCACUCAGUUCGCUGGAACUGAUGCGGGUACAGUACAAAUCACAUGGUGGUUCAACGACGGUGCUGCACAAACUACAACAUCUCAAACACCUACUUCAACAUAUACACCCCCCACAUCGACAUAUACGCCACCAACAUCCACUUCACCUACACCUUCAUCCACAACACAGUGGUCUCAACCUGCUGUAACUUCCGCUUACACAUCAAGUUCAACUAUAACUUCUUCAGCUUCAGCUGCUUUCUCCACAAUAACAUCUUCCGUUUCAAACUCUGUCAUCGCACACAAUACCACAAACCCAUACGUUGUAGUAGCAAAUAACGCUACAACAGCUUCUAUUACUGCUGGUGGUUCAAAUUCAGAUUCAAACGACUCGUCAUCGUCAACAACGUCAUCGGGAACAGCAGAGAUCGAUGUUAACGUGGUCGGCAACAUUGAAGGUCUCAAUGGUUUAGUAGCUCAGUACGGUCAAUUGGUAGUCGUAGCCGCUGAAGCUGCUUAA